AUGAUGGCAUGGAUCUACCAGAAGCACCAAAGCACACUGGGAUAUCACUGCUCGGCUGCGAGUGGUUGCGCCUCGCCGUCGGAUAUGCAGCUGGCGUCGGGCUACGCCGCAUUCGUGCGCCAGGGCACGCGCGUGCUCAUCAUCGACCACUGCGUGCCGCUUGUGGAGGCAGAUUCCGGCUCCGUGCGCAUGUGGGAGAUGAUGCAGAUACUCGUUGACAUGGGGUACGCCGUGACGCUUCAGCCCGAUUGUCCCAAAUCUUUUGCGAGGACUGCGGUGCCUCUCCUUGCGCUCGGCAUUCAGGUGUUGGCCCCUGGGUCCUUCAAGGCAAUGGCCGGAGCUCGUGGAACCAGUGACGUCAGCAACAGCGUGCCUUGCCCGUGGGAUCUCAUACUCAUAUCGCGGCGAGGCGUGUUCGCCAACAACAUAAUGAGUGUGGACAGACUUUGCCCCAGGGCUCCACUCAUCUACGACACAGUGGAUUUGCAUUUUGUCAGAGAGCGGAAGGGAGUGGAGUUAGCUUUGAAGCAGGGCGACCACAGCAAUAUUCCGAUUGGCGACGUGUACAGGGACCCGGUCGAGCUUGGUAUUCAGCAGGCAGAGCAGAUCUUGGAGGAAGGCGAACGAAGGGAAAAGAGCUACAUGAACCGAUCCGACUAUGUGUUGGUUGUGGCGCCUGCGGAGCAGAAGUUGGUAGCCGAGCUGUUCGGAGAAAAGAAGGCUACGCUACUCACGAACAUAUAUCCAGAUCCUGACAUGAGUGAGGACGACGUUGGCUUCGCGCAGCGCUCUGGCGCCCUCUUCGUCGGCAACGGGUGCCACCCGCCGAACCUUGAUGCUUCCAGGUUCAUCAUGCGCGAGAUCUUCGCGGACCCUACCAAGUAUCCCAGCGGCUUCAUGCACUUCGUCUGGUCGGACACGCUCAGGUGUCCGGACGUGGCGGGGGACAUCGUCGAGGAGGCCAGAAAGAACCCGAGCGUGACGCUCCACCUCGAUGUGAGCAACGAGGAGAGCUGA